AUCAGAAAAGGGCACACUCUGUUGAAGUCCUUCCUUGACUAAGAACCCCCUUUCCCUACCUCAACACGCUCUUUCUGAGCUUAGAACCCCCACUCCUACUUUGAUAGCCCAUUUUCCACCUGUGCGGGGAUUUUUUUUGGAGGGGGGAGGUAGGCGGGGAAUAGAAACUCUCCAGAGGGGAUCUCAACCGACAAAAAAAAAGAUUAGUGGAAGAUAGGAAGGGAUUGAACGCUCUCUCCUUCCAGAACUUGGGAGACUGCUUUGCUCGCUAGAAUCCCACCCUCCAGGCAAGGAGGAAGGGAGAAAGAGAGAGGGAGGAGGUUGCGUUUCUUUCUUCCUGGCCCCCCACCCCCACUGAAAGCGGUGGGCUCCCCUCCCCCGAGGCUAGGCCGAUGUUAGUCAAGGCGAUUCGCUCUCCAGGAUUUGCGGCGUCGCCGUACUCGGAGCGUUACGGUAAGGAGCUGUCCUUCAGCACCCGGCGGGCGGCGAUCCCCGGCGCCGGCGCUGCUGGGCGCUGUCCGCCGUGCUGAAAGCGGCGCUCGCUUGCUCACUCGCUCGCUCGCUCGCCGGCUGUACAUCGCGCGGAGCCGGCAGCUUCGGGGCUGGUCGCGGAGCUCGGAUGUCUAGAGGAGGAGGAGGAGGAGGAAGAGGAGAAGUCCCAGCCUCGACCGAGCAGAUCGCCGAAGGGGGACAGCAGCCCGGCCGGCCGGCCAGCCCUGGAGGGGAGAACCCCAAAGCGCUUGCUUGGGGGCGCGGUGGAAGCCUCUCCGCCUCUCCGCCCGUGAAGCCCCCCUGGACGGGCGAUGAAGGGGUCUCCGGCUCCAGCGACCUGUCUCCUCUUAGCAGCCCUCCUCGGGGUCCGGGCGCAAGGACUCUCCGCCGCGGAGCCCGACAGGCCGGGGGUCUCUGAGGCUGAAGGGGAGCCCACGGUGCCCCCCACCCCCGAUGAGCCAGAGCGCGAGGCCCACUUUGUCACCACGGCACCCACCCUGAAGCUCCUCAACCAUCACCCUCUCCUGGAUGACUUUCUCCACGAGCCCCUCCUCAAGAAAGAUUACCUGCGGCAGAUUCCCUUCCUGGCUGCCGGCCUCGUGGGUCCGGGGCCUGUCCUUCCAGAUGCUGACCUCGGCCCGGCCCCCACAAGCAACCUGGCUGACCAAGAUGGCCGCCCUGCUCUCUCCCACGCCGCCACUGGGCCGUCCACCACGCCGCCCAUGACCAUGGCGUCCCCCACGACCCUGGUGGGUGGGAAGGCAGAAGGGAAGGACGUGGAGAGGACCCCCGAGAUGGCCAAGCCGGCCUUCACCACAGACCUCCUGACCACAGCCAUGGGGCGGCUGGUGCCGUGGGCCAAAUCCGGCCCGCUCUCCGGCCGCACGCAGCCGCCGGUCACCCCUGUGCUGGGUUUCCAGACCGGUCUCGGUGCCUCGGGCCCAGCCACCACUGACGCGUUUUCUGGUGGCACCCCGGGCACGGCAGCUGCCCCCACCGCACGACCGGAAGUGACCACACCCAGGCGGGAGUCCAGCGAAGAGGAGGAGACGGCCACCACCACCAUCAAGACCACCACCAUCAUCACGUCCAUUCUGGGAGCAGGUCCUUGCAGCUGGAACCUCACUGGCCCCAAAGGCUCGCUGGCCUCUCCCCUCCCCUCUGGCAUCCCGUAUGAAGGGGGGGCCCUCGACUGCACCUACACCAUCUCUGUGUACCCUGGUUACGGCGUCGAGAUCCGGGUCCAGAACAUCAGCCUUGCGGAGGGAGAGACGGUCACCGUGGAGACGCUGGGGGGCGUAGAGCCCGUCGCCCUAGCCAACGAAUCCUUCCUCAUGCGUGGGCAGGUGAUCCGCGGCCCGACCAAUCAGGUCGUGGUGCGCUUCCAGAGCCCAUCUCCUGCCAACCCAGGGACCUUUCAUUUCCGGUUCGAAGCCUACCUGCUCAGCUGUGCGUUCCCCAUGCGCCCCCCCUACGGGGAGGUCUCCGUCACCAGCGUGCACCCGGGCGGCCACGCCUGCUUCUCCUGUGCCACCGGCUACCAGCUGCAGGGCCAGCACUGCCUCACCUGCCUCAACGCCACCCACCCCUUCUGGAGCGCCCGGGAGCCCACCUGCGUCGCGUCUUGCGGCGGGUUGAUCCGGAAUGCCACGACCGGGCGCAUCGUCUCGCCGGGCUACCCUGCCAACUACAGCAACAACCUGACCUGCCAUUGGCUGCUGGAGGCUCCGCAGGGACAGCGGCUGCACCUCCAUUUUGAGAAGGUCUCCUUGGCCGAGGAUGACGACAGGCUAAUAAUCCGGAACGGAAACGACAUUGAGGCUCCGCCCGUGUACGACUCGUACGAAGUGGAAUACCUGCCCAUCGAGGGUCUGGUCAGCACCGCGAGGGGCUUCUUCAUCGAGCUGACCACCGACAGCAGUGGGGUGGCCGCCGGCAUGGCCCUGCGCUACGAGGCCUUUGAACCCGGGCACUGCUAUGAGCCGUUUGUCAAGUACGGGAACUUCACCACCAGCGACGCGACGUACGCCAUAGGCACCACCGUGGAGUUUGCCUGCGAGGCGGGAUACACCCUGGAGCAAGGCUCCGUCAUCAUCGAGUGCGUGGACCCCACCAACCCCCAGUGGAACGAGACAGAGCCGGCCUGCCGAGCCGUGUGCAGUGGGGAGAUCACGGACGCCGCCGGGGUGGUUUUGUCCCCCAACUGGCCGGAGCCCUAUGGGAAGGGCCAGGACUGCAUCUGGGGUCUCCACGUGGAAGAGGACAAGCGGAUCAUGCUGGACAUCCAAGUGUUACGCCUUGGCAAAGGAGACGCGCUGACUUUCUAUGACGGGGACGAUUUGACGGCCAGGAUCCUGGGCCAAUAUUCCGGCCCCCACCGGCGGUUCAAACUGUACACCUCCAUGGCUGAUGUCACCAUCCAGUUUCAGUCGGAUCCAGGGAGCAGCGUCUUGGGCUAUCAGCACGGCUUCAUCAUCCACUUUGCAGAGGUUCCCCGGAACGACACCUGCCCUGAGCUCCCCGAGAUCCCCAACGGCUGGAAGACCAUGUCGCACCCGGAGCUGGUCCACGGCACCGUGGUCACGUACCACUGCUACCCCGGCUACGAGCUGGUGGGCACCGAACUCCUGAUGUGCCACUGGGACCUGAUGUGGAGCGGGGACCUGCCCUCCUGCCAGCAAGUGACCACCUGCCGGGACCCAGGAGAUGUGGACCACAGCCGGCGCAUGGUUUCCGAGAACAAGUUCCCUGUGGGCUCCACCGUCCAGUUCAUCUGCGACAAGGGAUACGCCCUGGCGGGCAGCGGCGAGAUCACCUGCCACGACCGGCAGGCUGGGGGUCCGAAGUGGAGCGACCGUCUUCCCAAGUGCAUUCCGGAGGUCUACGAGCCCUGCCACAACCCAGGCAGCCCCGACCACGGGGCACAGAACCCCGAGAAAAGGCUCUACCAGGCCGGGGCAAGCCUGCGCUUCUCCUGCGCCAAGGGUUACGUGCUCCUGGGCGACGCCACCCUCCGCUGCGUGCCCGGCCACCCUUCCCAAUGGAGCGGCUCCCCUCCACUCUGCAAAGCGGCCUCCUACGAUGAGUUUUAUACCAAUCGCAACUUGGACGCCGUGGCCAAAGUGGCCCCUGCUGCAGACCCCCUGCAGGGCAGCAACGUGGCUUUCGCCAUCUUCCUGCCGGUGGCCGCUGUGGGACUCCUCCUUGGCGCUGUCUACCUGUACAUCUCCAGACACCAAGGGAAGCCGUCACUGCAGCUGCCCCUCUCAGGCUCCCACCCCUACGAUCACAUCACGGUGGACUCGGCCUUCGACAAUCCCACCUACGAGACCGGAGCUUUUUUCUCUCCAGGAGGUCCGGGAGUAUGAAGUCUCCAUCUAGGGCAGGCGCCACUCUCGAGGGGGGAGCCGGAGGGGCGGGCCCUGCUCCCCGAACCACCACCACGGCUGCCCUACGACGACCCGCCCUCCCUUCGACGACUGACCGACUCCGUGGCUGACUGACCCACACCCAGAAGGACUUGUAAAUACCUCCCGCCCUGCCCUACAGACGGACCCCCAGGGAGAGGAACAUCAGGGUCCUGUGUGAGCUGGCAGCCGGCGUACUUUCUCUCUCUGUCCCUCCCCCUUCCCCGAUUCCAAGGCUUCCCGACCCUCAGAGCCUAGCGCUGGAACAGGGGCAAAAUCUCCCUGCAGCAUGCUGCACCCCCAAACAUCCUGCCACCAACUAGCCUGCGUUGGAUGCCAUCCCUUCCUCAACACAACCUUCUCGAACUUCCCUGCCUCAUUCUUAGCUACAACCAUGGUUUACUGGAG